AAGAGCAACAAAUUUGGUCUAAAAAUGCGGUACUAGUUUGCGCUUUGUAUCCUCCCGCUGUGCCGGAUAUGUCUUCGAAAGAAAUAUCCGAAGGGACUCACAAAGAAGUGUCGCCCCUACUGACCUCGUCAGCAGAACCGGAAGCUGGGCCCAACAUGGUAGCGGGCUCUCCGGGCCAGGACGACGAUGCACCACAGGCGAACACAUGCCGCAUCUGUAUGGAGUCCCAAAGCGCCGCGGAGGACCCGCUCAUCAGUCCCUGCCUGUGCAAGGGCUCGACGCGGUACAUCCACCGCGCCUGCCUGGCCAAAUGGCGCGCUAUGAAGGCGGGCACACAGGCGCACUACCGCUGUGAGAUCUGCCACUUCGAGUACCAGUUCAGGCGGCUGUGGUGGGCGCAGCUGCUGGGGGCCAAGGCGACGGCUGUGGUGUUGUUCCUGCUGCUGCUGGGCGCCUCGUCCUGGGUACUGGGCUACAUCCCAAUCCUGUCGUCGCUGCUGCCCCUCGGGACGGCGCACCUGAGCAGCGGCGCACGGGUCACCAUUCACAUGCUGGAUGGGCUUGUGAUAGUGGGGCUCUUCGGCUUCGUGGCGUUCAUAGUCAUGGCCUGCGGCGGCGACACCCGCGCCGGCCCCUCCGCGCCCCUCUACUGCGACCCGGGUUGCAUCAACUGCGGGAGCUGCCAUUGUUCGGGCGGCGGCAGCGACGAUUGCGGGGCUAUCAUAGCAGUGAUGCUCCUAGCCAUGGCAGCAGUGGGCCUGGCGUUUGCGGUGGCGACGUUGUUCGGGGCUUUCUUCUCGUUUGUUCGCAGCAACCUAAAGCACGUAGAAGAAAUGGUGGAGAAUGUCGGUGAGCGGCCCAAAAGCAUCUGGCGCCGCUUUCCACGGGCGCGAGGAAGUGGCGGUCAUGGAGGCGGGGGCGGAGGCGGCGGAGGAGGUGGGGGAGGCGGGGGAGGCGGUGGUGGAGGCGCCGGGCCGAGUGGCACAGAUGUGCCCUACACCAAGGCCCCCAACAAGGAGGACAUGGUGUGAGGCCGCGCUGGCGCCUGGGUGGUAGUGGCCGUGGUAGCGGUGAUGUGUAUGUGUACAGUACUCGGGUGUGGAGUGUUGGGGAGCAUUUGGAGGAGGCAGGAUGUCAGGCGGUGUGGUACAGGUAGAUGCAGCAGUGGCUCCCUGAGCUCGUUAGGCUGGACGGGAUGCAGUGCCCUGGCAGGGCGGCCGAAGUGCAGCCGGUGGUAGUUUGCAUUGCGUCCGGUAUCCCUGGCACUCUCGGCAGCGCUAUCCGUUGCGCCCAGGCUCGCUGUUUGUGAGAACAGAGGCCUUGAUGCUGUAUGAUGGGGUGUUGGCGGGCAUGAGGCGAGGCUUCCGCUAUCUGUGCGCAAUUGCGUGUGUAGGGGGCACGGGAGGGUUAUUCCAACCCAAGUGGACCGAGACCCGGAAUCGACUAGUCUGCCCACGGAGCAGAGAGGUUGCCUACAGGCGAGCGCAGCCUUCGUAAGCCCCAUGUCAUCCCGCAUUGGGCUCGGCGGCUGGCCCUUCUUGAGCUCUUGUAACGUCGCAAUCAU